AUGAGCAGUAGCAAAAUCAAUGCCAGCCUCCCGCUGUUGUCCUCAAAGGCAGUUUCCGUUACCCACGCAUCAGAGGUGUGCGAGGAUUUCAUGCAUACCGAGUCCAGCAAGCCGCAUUGGACGGCGUACCUGUGGGAUACCCUAAACAAGUCACGGGAAGAACGUCGCUUUUUAUUCAAGAUCGACGCCGCCAUCCUCACUAUAGCGUCGCUGGGAUACUUUAUCAAGAAUCUGGAUCAAAUUAACAUAAACAAUGCCUUUAUUUCGGGCAUGAAAGAAGACCUGGGUCUCAACGGAAACCAGCUUAAUUAUAUGCAAACCUGCUGGACAGUGGGAUACGUUAUAGGGCAAAUUCCGAGUAACCUUCUUUUGACACGAAUCCGGCCUUCAUUGUGGAUUCCCUCUUGUGAAGUUAUGUGGUCCGUCUUGACGAUUGUCAUGGCGAAGUGCAGCAACGCGCAGCAGAUAUACGUGCUGCGGUUCUUUAUCGGCCUCGCAGAAAGCACCUUUUAUCCAGGAAUGCAGUACAUCAUCGGAUCUUGGUAUCAAAAGAGUGAACUCGGCAAGCGAUCAUGCAUAUUCCACGCAAGCAGUGCUAUUGGCAGCAUGUUCUCCGCCUAUCUCAUGGCCGCUGUUUACCAUCUUGACGGCGUACACGGCUUCAAAGGCUGGCAGUGGCUGUUUAUCAUAAACACCGUCAUAUCACUACCCAUUGCGGUUUCUGGCUUUUUUUUCCUGCCCGACGUGCCAGAGAACACGCGAGCCUGGUACUUGACCCCCAGCGACAUCUUGCUGGCCCAAAAACGCAUGGAAGCUGACGGCCGUGCGAAUCGCGCGCCUUAUACUAAAGACAAGAUGAAGAAGAUCGUUUCCAGCUGGCACAUAUAUCUUUUGACCUUGCUGUACAUUUUAUACAACAAUGGCGGUGGAGUAUCGGCGCAGCCAGCAUUUGCGAUAUGGCUCAAGCAACAGGGCUACAGUAUACCACAGGCUAACAUCUAUCCUACAUUGACAACGUGCGUCCAACUUGUCACCACUUUAAUCUACGCAUGGACUUCGGAUACUAUUCUGAAAGGCGAGCGAUGGCCACCCAUCAUAUUUUCUGGCGUCAUGAUUAUCAUUGUCAACACGAGCCUCUUGAUAUGGGAUAUUCCAGUUGCCUGGAAAUGGGCUUGCUUUAUAUUAGCCGGCUGUUCUAGCGGAAUAGGCGGACUACUUUAUGCGUGGAUGCACGAGAUUUGCGCCCGGGACAACGAGGAGCGAGCCCUGGUGGCGGCUUCAAUGAACGAGAUGGCGUAUGUGUUCCAGGCAUGGCUUCCGCUGCUGAUUUGGCAGCAAGUCGAAGCGCCGGAGUACCCGAAAGGAUACUCGGCUUCUAUAGGGAUCGCAAUAGCCCUGAUGGCCACUGCCCUGACUAUUCGGCAUUUGCAGCGAACCGAAGUGGCCUCGCGACGACUGAGGCUACCCGAGUGA